GGCCGUCCCAUGGUGCCGCGCGCGGCCCAGGAGGGGGCGGGGCCUCCGGGCGGCUGGCCACGUCCCCGGGCCACGUCGCCGCCGCCGCCAUUUUGCCGGGGAGGAGCUGCCUCAGGUCGGGCUGUCGGACGGCGCCGCUCCGCUCCCUCUCACUCGCUCCCUCUCUCUCUCUCUCUCCCUCUCUCUCUCCUCUCUCGCACGGCCACGCUCGCUCGCCCGCCCGCCCGCCAUGAACAUCUUUCGGUUGACCGGCGACUUCUCGCACUUGGUGGCCAUCAUCAUCCUGCUGCUGAAGAUAUGGAAGACGCGGUCGUGCGCCGGAAUCUCUGGGAAGAGUCAGAUUCUGUUUGCUUUGGUCUUUGUCACUCGAUACUUGGAUCUGUUCACCAUUUUUAUCUCCUUCUACAACAGCUGCAUGAAGAUCAUCUACAUUGCUUGUUCCUUUGCCACAGUGUACAUGAUCUACUUCAAGUUUAAGGCUACAUAUGAUGGAAACCAUGACACAUUCCGGGUGGAAUUCCUGGUUGUCCCUGUUGGUGGAUUGUCUUUCCUGGUCAAUCAUGACUUCUCUCCAAUGGAGAUUCUGUGGACAUUCUCAAUCUAUUUGGAAUCGGUUGCAAUCCUGCCACAGCUCUUCAUGAUCAGUAAGACCGGUGAAGCAGAAACCAUCACCACUCAUUACCUCUUCUUCCUUGGCAUGUAUCGUGCCCUGUACCUUAUCAACUGGAUCUGGCGCUAUUACUUUGAGGGGUUCUUUGACCUCAUUGCUAUUGUGGCAGGAGUGGUUCAGACCAUCCUCUACUGCGACUUUUUCUAUUUGUAUGUUACAAAAGUUCUGAAAGGAAAGAAGCUGAGUUUGCCAGCUUAAGUGCCAAAGAUCGUCAGAACUUCUGUCGUUGGUCGUCUCCACACAAAGGAAGCAUUACCACAAAAACCAAGAGCGUAAGAUGCCUAAAACAGAGAGCAGGGGCGUACACUGAGUAGUAUUUGAAGUUAAUGUUAGCAGCUGAUCUGUCGUAUAAUGGACCACAAACUUCAGUUUUCUGUUUUAUGCAUCUUGCCUUUUUUAUUACAAUGUAAAAAUAUAUUUUCUACAAAAAUAUAUGCUGAAAGGAUGAAUUACUUGCAGUGGUUUAAAACAAAAUCUUACAGUCUUGGAUAGGAAAUGCACCACAUGUUUCUAGCUGAGCUGUUUACAAGGAUUAAGUGCAAAUUGUUUGAAAGAAAUUUGGAAAUGACUGACCCAGUUAAUUUACUUUGUAACGCAACAUCUGACGGACAAAACCGGUCUGUAAUUUUCCAACCACUUGCUGUAUUUAUUUGAAUUUGCCAAAUUUUUUUUUGAAACUCGUUGAUUCUGUCCCCAGCUGCCACCUUUUGCUUCAACCUACCAUUCAAAACACUAGAAUUGUCUCGAGGCUGAUGUAAUGAAUUCUACCCUAGUCAUCUGUCUGACAAGGUUUCCUUUAUUCAAUCAGUGGUUAAACCACCUUCAGAUGGAAUGCAUAUGUUCUGUCAUUUGGCAUAUGUUCACAUGUGAACAUGGAACAUGAAUAAAGAUCAUAAAAACCUAACUACAUUAGAUGUGCAUAUUACUGAUUGGAAAGUGGUUUGGACAGUAUAAUGGUUUAAGUAUUCAUGGGACCAUAAGGCUUUGAGUUUGAUCUUGGGGGGUUUUACUUUGUUGAACAAAUCACCUAGAAUCGUUGACCUCGACAACCACUCUUAUUACUUUUGAAACAUUGAGAGGUUUAUCUUGUAGUUUUUUUUACACUGAGCUGUUGCAUGAUAUCUUGUGAUACUGCCCAAUAAACAUUUUAUGAAAAACUUU